UUUCCUUCUCUUCAAUCUUUCAGAAAUUCCAAUUCCUCUGCGUUUUCCGAACGCACCUAAAACCCUAAAUUUCGAUCAUGGAAUGCUCAGAUGACAAGGCCUUCUUCGACAGAGAAGACGAAAACAGCGAGCGAAGAACACCAAACUACGCGAUCCUCAACGAAGCAGAGAUACGGCAACGACAGGAAGACGAUAUUCUCAGUGUUUCUAUGGCGAUUUCGGAGCCGAGAGCCGCCGCGAUCGUCCUCCUCCGCCACUUCAAUUGGAACCUCAGCAAGCUCUUCGACAAGUGGUUCGACGACCAAGAUAGAGUCCGGGCCAGUGUCGGCCUUUUUCCGAUUCCGAUCACUCAAUUCCCCUCCGAUCAUCGUCUGAUCACUUGCGGAAUUUGCUUCGAGAAUUUUCACGAUACGGUCGCUGCUUCUUGUGGCCAUCCAUUUUGCAGAGCUUGCUGGGGACGCUACAUUGCGAAGUCGAUAAGCGACGACGGUCCCGGCUGCUUGCUGCUGAGGUGUCCCGCUCCGUCGUGCGCCGCCGCUGUCGGCGAGGACAUGAUCGGAUUGCUGGCGGCGGAUCACGCUGACAAGGAGAAGUACUCGCGGUACCUGCUGAGGUCUUACGUGGAAGACAAUUACCGGAGGAGAAAGAUCAAGUGGUGUCCUGCUCCUGGCUGCGAUUACGCCGUGGAUUGUUUGGAUUCUGUUGGUUUUUCUAAAGGUUUCGAUGUUUUUUGCCGUUGUUCGUACUGCUUCUGUUGGAACUGCAAUGAGGAAGCUCAUCGUCCCGUCGACUGUGACACGGUGGCGAAAUGGACGUUGAAGAACAAGGAUGAGUCGGAGAAUGUGAACUGGAUUCUCGUCAACACCAAGCCGUGUCCGCAGUGCCAGCGGCCGAUUGAGAAGAGCCACGGAUGCAACCACAUGAAAUGCGCCGCACCAUGCAAGUACGAGUUUUGCUGGCAUUGCCUCGGAGAGUGGUCGGCCAAAACUUUCCAUUCUUGUAACCAAUACCUGCAGGAGGGAGCGAACAACGACGCCGAGAUCGAGAGAAGAGAGAUUGUGAAGGCUUCAUUAAGCAAGUACACGCAUUACUACGAGCGUUGGGCUGCCAAUUUGAAGUCGAGGCAAAAGGCCGAGGAGGAUUUGAGGAUGUUGCAAGCUAAGCAUUUGGACAAGUUGAGUUUCAACUAUGGCCAGCACAAGCCGUUUUUGAGGUUCAUAACGGAGGCAUGGCAACAGAUAAUUAGGUGUAGAAGAGUUUUGCAAUGGACAUAUGCGUAUGGGUACUAUUUCCCCGAGGAUCAGUGGGCAAAGAAGCGGUUUUUUGAGUACUUGCAAGGAGAGGCAGAGUAUAGCUUGGAGAGGCUUCAUGAUUGUUCGGAGAAAGAGCUUGAAAAGUACAUCAAUGGUGAAGGGUCGGUUCAGGAUUUCAUUGACUAUCGUGGGAAGCUGGCUGAACUUACCUCGGUGAUUGGGAAUUACUUUAAGAAUUUGGUGAAAGCGUUGGAGGAUGGCCUAUCCGAAGUGGAGCCACGUCCUUGGUCAUGUGAGGAUCCAGAUUUCCGAAGGUACGGUUGGUUGGUUGGCUAACUUUUCUCCUUGGCUAAAUAAUUGAGAGGUGAACAUUCAGAGGGAAUAUUUUAAUGCUUUUUUUUUCCGCUUCUAGUUUGCCUCUUAGGUAGAAGGACGUGGUCUUGCCCGUAUAGGUGUGUUUUUAUAUCUAUGUAAAUACUUUACGAAUCGUUGGCAUAAGAGAGAAUACGGUUCAUAGGUAAGUGAUACUCGAGUCUUGCAGUUGUUUAACAGGUGACCGAGUGUUUAAUCCUGUUUAUUAAUCCCAUGUACUCAAAUAGAGGUUUUGUCUUGCCAACAA